GGGUUGGACGUGGUAUCUUUCCAACGACAUGCAGUUCUACGUUAUAUCCCCGUUGUUCCUACUGCCAUUAUUUUGGAUACCAGCGUUGGGUGUCAUACUUUGCGUCUUACUCCUGGUGGCCAGUAUCAUUGCCACUGGUCUUAUAUCUUAUGGUGUCAGGAGUACGAGUGACGUUCCUAGCCUGAGUUUUAUGAACUUAGAUAUGUUCACGAGUGUAUACGUGGCGCCAUGGUGCCGUGUGGGACCUUACCUGGUGGGUGUGUUGCUGGGAUACGCCCUCAACAGAACGCAAUGCACGCUGAAACUUCCCACAGCAGCUGUACUCUUUGGUUGGAUUACGUCACUGGGACUCUGUACGUCAGUCAUCUACGUUUACCAUGGCAACGUGCAUGAAGGGGGCGGGGACAGUCUAUGGUCAGAUAUAGGUGGCGCUGCCUAUGACGCUAUAUCAAGACCAGCUUUUGCAAUGGGUGUGGCCUGGAUUAUUUUAGCUUGCGUUACAGGACAUGGUGGUGUCGUUAACAGUCUACUGUCCCACCCGGCAUGGACGCCCCUCAGCCGCCUGGUGUACUCUGUUUUCCUCAUCCAUCUGCCAGUCAUGGUGUGGUUCGGGAUGAGCCAGAGGACCAUGCUGUAUAUGACCGAUUCAAUGAUGGCAUACAUAUUCAUCGGCCACGUCGUGGUUAGUUUUGGCGCCGCUUUUCUAGUGUCCUUGACGAUAGAGGUCCCCCUGGUCGCGGUGGAGACAGUGCUGCUUGGUAAGAAGCAAUGGAGAAGAAAAUAAUGACCAAGGAUUUUCCCUUCUCAUAACUAUUUUCCAUGGGUUUAUUGACACAUGGAAAACAUGCAAGGCGGUCAGAUAUGGUGGUGACAAACAUUAUGGAAAAAUAUAGGUCACCAGGUGACACUAGGUGCUGAUGCUAGCAUCAGUAUUUUACAAGCAAUGAAUCUGGCCAAGUUUCAUGCUUUAUCGCAAAAUUUAACAACUGUUCAUGUUUUUGGACGAUAAAGCUUAGUAGAUAGGGCACAAAUAUAGCUACCAAAACCCAGCUGAGUGGGGACGACAACUCUAUGAAAAGAUUCUCGCUGGAAAGCGCACAUAAUUUGCCAAAGAUAUGUCUGUGAACAUAUUGCGAAAAAAGCAAUCUGCGGUUCUGGUACAAAAUAGGAGAGCAUUGUGCAUAUAUGUAUACCUUACAGUUGUUACAGUAGUGGAAAAUUCCAGUGCUGUCUUGGGUGAUAGAAACUUAUCCCCAUUUAAUACGUCUCUACAGGUAUAGCGAGACCUUUGCUUUUUUAUGAAUGCCAUAUAUAGCUUGGUUUUGAUAAUAUACACAUUCUUACCAAAUGUAUUUUACGUUUUAUCAGGCCUGAAAUGUCAUGUACAAUGUAUCGUUGAUGGUGGUACCAGUAGUCGUACUACAUGUGCAUUAUGUAUGCAUCUGUAUUCAUGCAGCCUUAAAUAAAACAACGUAGAUGUAUUGACAAAGUUCAAAUGUACGUGCACCUGCAUAUACAUGAUUUUAAUCGUAAAUUUUAAAGUCUGCAGUUUCAA